AUCAAAUCGAUAGGAUCCCUUCAGUCCCGUCUAAAAAGUAUCCACGUCGAAAAUAAGAAAUGGAAGUUCCACCACCGGAGCCGUCUUUAUAUACUGUGAAGGCCAUAGCUAUUAUGGACAAUGAUGGCAAUAGGAUGAUAGCUAAGUACUACGAUGACACAUUUCCAACAACAAAGGAGCAAAAAGCUUUUGAAAAAAAUCUCUUCAACAAAACUCACAGAGCAAAUGCUGAAAUCAUUAUGUUAGAAGGUCUGACCUGUGUAUACAGAAGCAACGUGGAUCUCUUCUUUUACGUAAUAGGCAGUGCUAACGAAAAUGAAUUGAUACUAGUGAGUGUUCUAAAUGCCUUCUACGAUGCUAUAAGUCAAAUACUGAGGAAAAAUGUUGAAAAGCGUGCAUUAUUAGAAAAUCUCGAUGCCACAUUCCUAGCCAUGGAUGAGAUUUGUGAUGGAGGAAUUAUACUAGAAGCUGACCCUAUGUCAGUAGUACAGCGUGUUGCAAUAAGAAUGGAUGAUGUACCUCUAGGAGAACAAACAGUAGCACAGGUUAUACAGUCAGCAAAAGAGCAGAUCAAGUGGUCAUUACUCAAGUAGCAUCAGGGGAUAUACAGAACUAUUUAUUUAUAACACACUAUAUGAGGGAAGAUAGUGUACAUUAUACAGCCACACAAAGCACAAGAUUCUCAACUAUUCAGUGACUCAUACUAGAAUAUAUGUUCCAAAGGCAAACCAUCCAAUGACCAAUUGACCUGCCAACGACUUGGUGAUCUUUCAUUACCUUGAAAGCAGUUGCUCAGUCAGUCAUCUCUCUUGACUAGGAUCAGAGUCUCAAUAAAAUUGCAAAAAGUUUCAACAACUGAAACUUUUCAGAGUUCCAUUAUCUGACAUUAUUAUCAUAUUGUAUCCAUAAAUAUGAACAUAUCCUUAUAGGACCCAUGAGAGACAACAAUAUAGUUUUGAUUUUGAAAGUAUAACUUUUGGUUACCAUCUGGUGCAAGAGUUAAAUGUGGCAUUUGUACAUGCUUGUGUGGAAUAUAUUGGAUGUCACUUGCUUGGCCUCCAAAAUAUAUCAUAAAUUGUAAAUAUGAUAAACUAUAUAGAAAAAUAUAUAGAUUAUAAAAAUA